CAGAGUCACACACGCACUCCAGCUGGGCCCAGAGGGAAGGUGAGAGGGAAUGAAGGUGGGUGGUGGGGGCAGGGGCCAUUGAAGCGUAGCUCCUGCAGCCUGGUGAGCCUGUGCGCCCAGGAGCUGCGGCUGGACCUGUCCCUUAUUCAAGUGUGAGUCUGGGUUUGUAGUGAUCCCCGAGCGUCCUCCCUCCGGGUGUGAGGGGUGUGGUGUCCACACUGGUGCGCGGGCGCCCCUCCGCGGGUAGUGCACGGACCGCAGCCUGGCAGAGUAGCCAUGGCGGAGGAGAAGACCUUCCGCAUCGGCUUCAUCGUGCUGGGGCUCUUCCUGCUGGCCCUUGGCACGUUCCUCAUGAGCCACGACCGGCCCCAGGUUUACGGCACCUUCUACGCCAUGGGCGGCGUCAUGGUGAUCGGGGGCGUCAUCUGGAGCAUGUGCCAGUGCUACCCCAAGAUCGCCUUCAUCCCUGCUGACUCUGAAUUCCAAGGCAUCCUGUCCUCAAAGACGACAGGCUUGCUGGAGAACGGACUCACUGCCGAGACGAAGAGCCCCCAGCCCCCCUAUGUAAGGCUGUGGGAGGAAGCUGCCUAUGACCAGAGCUUGCCUGACUUCAGCCACAUCCAGAUGAAGGUCAUGGGCUACAGUGAAGAUCCCCGCCCCCUGCUGACCCCUGAGCUGGGACAGCAGCAGCUGGAAGCUAGUGACAGAGGGGAAGGCAGCCCUCGUGAGGCUCAGGCCUGGAUGGAGGCUCCUGUGGUCAUCCACAGGGGCUCGGAUGAGGUCGGGGGAGAAAGAAACCCAACUCAGAGCGGCCCCAGCCACCCAGGGGGUCCCCAGGGCUGUGCACCCUUGGCUUCCUUCCAAGAUGACCUGGAUUUGGGCUCCAGUGAGGACAGCAGCCCCAACCUGUCUCCACCUGAGGGGGAGGAGCCCUGGGCCUACAGAUGCCACCUGGACCGCUUCCAGGACUUUGAUCUGAUCGAUGCCCCGGCGUCAGAGGACACACAUCCAGAGAGGCAGGGGCAGGACACAGCCCUACCAAACUACUGGCAGCGGUCCCCGAGGACAAAAGAGGAGGAUGAGGCUUCAGACACGGGUGUAGAGGAGCUGGAGCAGGAGGAAGAAGACUUGUACUACGGGCUGCCAGAUAGCCCCGAGGACCCCCUCCCAGACAAAGAACUGGGCUUCGAGCUGGAUGCUCAGGGCUUGGAUGGAGCUGCCCCUGGGCGUUAGCCCAGCAUCAGCCACUAGCCCUGUAUGAUUUCACAGGGCCUCCAUUUCACUAUCUGCAAAAUGGGGUUGUAUGGAAGUUUGGGUGAGAUGGUGAAUCCUGGGGCACCUGGAGAGCUGUAAAGAGACCCGUGGGGAAGGGAUGAUUACUUUCAACGGACCUUUGCUGUUCUAAUUGUUACCCUGGGGGUUAAAGCUUUAAAGGUAAAAAUGUGCUUCACUGAGGGGAUUUGCAACAGCUGGGGCCCUCAAGAACCUUCUCUGCCUCCCCCCAAAGCUGGCCUCGGAACAGGAGCCCUUCCUGCUGCUACGCCGGUUCUCUGACCUUCUGGGAAGGCCCCUCAGGGUCCCCGUUCCUGCUGAGCCCGGUACCAGGUGUGAUUUGUCUUCACCCACAGCUAACUGCACGGCCCUGUCCACGCCCUCCUGGGGCUUCUACUGCUCAGGGAUCCAAACCCUUCCAGGACUGACCUCUGCUGACCUCCCAACGGACUCCCCCUGUCGGCCCCCUGCCGCACCCUCUGCCCUUCACACUCGCCGUGCUGCCCCAGCCCUCCCGUGCGGUCUGCCUAGCAAACUUGAGCUGCUCUGCCAGACCCCAGCGCAGAUAUCCCUCCUCUUGAAAGCCUUUCCAGAGGUCACAGCCUCCCGGAACAAGUUAGUCCUGGCUCCUUGGCGCCACCUUUGGGGCUUGUGCGCUCAUUACAGGAGCAUGACUUCAAGGCCGGCACCCUUGACACCCUCACGUUGGCAUCUCUGGUGUCCAGAGUCAGUGGUCAUCGAGGGUGUAUGGAGCUGACCAGAACCCAGGACACUUUUGCAGAUAAGCCCCUCCUCCACUUCCCUGACUCUCAGACUCCCAUCCUCUGUACGCUCUGGCAUUCAAACUUCCAAAUGGCCUGCAUAGGAGUCACAAAGCCAGGGGAAGAGCCCCCAGAACAGCCCCCUCCCUGCAGAAUACAUCCGCAUUGGCCUAGGACUGCGGGUGAAAUGACACCUCCUGGAUUAAUUUGACUCAGGUGGCAUUUCCUGAGCACGUACUAUGUGCCAGACACUAAGCCAGAACCUUUGAGGGGGAAGAGGCAUGAAGUGAUGAACAGCUCUUGCCUUCAGAGGACUCACAGUCCAGUGCAUGUGGUGUUUCAUAAGUGAGGGGCAGAGUGCAGAGCAGGAGCCAGGGUGGAAACAGACAUUACAAUAAAGAAUUGGUGCCCCAGAGGCAGCAGAGAGACGUCUGGGGACAGCCGUCUGCAGCCAACACCUCCGCCUGCUCAGCAGCCCCGAAGACAUCACUGUGGUGUAGCAUCACCCAGCGUAACGCUUUUAGUUUGCUGCUCCCUGCCCCGCCCCUCCGCACCCCAGCUCCGGGAUUGCGGCAGCUGCUUCAGAGGAAGGGGCAGUGGCACUACCUCAAACCAGGUCCACACAAGGAGCCCUCUGGGCCGCCUGGGAUGGAGACCUUCUCUUGGACUGCGCCCCUGGGUCAGGGCUGGGAGACCCGGCAGUGGGACAGGGAAGCCCUCCGUGCUGGGUCAGAAGGGCACAGCCCCGCCCCCAACACUCCCUCAUCUUUCCCGGCAAAACGCGUUAUCCGGCACACCCACUGUGCCCUGGCCGCAGAAGACAUUCCCACCCGUGACCCGAGUCCGCGGACUGGGUGAGGUGUAGUGUGUUUCUGUGCUCUGUUCACUACGGUGGGGGGAGGCGACCUGAAUCAGAAGCCGCACCAGCACGAAUGGUUGAAAUAAAAACGUUGUCAACAUUGAAA